CGCACGUUGAGUGCCAACCGCGCGCCUUUACCGCGUCGCGCCGCAUGACGUAACUAACAUGGCGUCUGAAAUACGACUAGUACAAGAAAUCGAAAAAUACGAAUGUCUCUACAACAACUAUUUACCGGAAUACAAUCGUAAAGAUUUAGCAGACGAAGCGUGGACGCAAGUUUCACAAAGUACCGAUUUAACAGUUACUGAAUGUAAAGAAAAAUGGCGUAAUAUACGCAGUUCCCUUCUCAGAUCUCUGAAACCAAGUGAAAAGACAAAGAAACCGUAUUACUUAGCGCCAUACUUACACUUCGUCCUACCAUUUAUGAAACCUCUUAAUUGCUUGGAAUAUAAAGAUGAAAUUCACAGUGCAGGCGCUGUAAGGAACAUUCGAAAAGAUGCAGAUAUUCUUAUAUGUGCAGUGAAAUCAGAAGACGACACCCAAACAAUAGUUGAUACAAUAAACACAGAAAUUACUGAUGAAGAAACAAAUCUCGACCCAUUAAUAUCAUCUCAACCGGAUUCACCGAUCCGUAAGAGAAAACGGAACGUUAUCUCAAGUCGUAAAACCAGAAGAACAGAACAAAAAGAAACGAAAUUAACGGAAGAACAAAUAUUUAAUCCAAUACCUGAUCCUCCAAGGUCGAGUGGUGAAUCUAUGAGGUAUUUUCUCAUGAGUCUGCUUCCUGAAUUUGAGACGAUGACAGAAGAACAGUCUAGAAUGUUUAAAAUUAAAGUAAUGAUGCUUAUAGACGAUAUCAAAACAGAUUACGAUAAAAUGAAACAAAACGUGCCUUCUUCGAAUGAAUCGGAUCGUCUCCAAAAACGAUUAAUUAAUUUGCUGUUAAAAAAUCUAGAACAUAAGUCAUGA